AGUUCGAGUAUUUUCCCGCUAGAGCAGCUCCGCCGCCGUAUAUGCGAGUGAUUCCUGAAUUAGAUUAUAGGAAUGGCUAAAGCCAGUUAACUAAGCGGGCAUUUUGUAUGUUUGUUUUUUUCAUGUGUGGAUCAAGUGAUCUUUUAUCCUUGUUAUUGUAUCUUUUGUGUUCGGUGAUUGUUCUAAAAUAAAUCGUGUUUACAUCUUUUUGGAUUUCUUAUACAUUCGACACGGACUUAUAGCUGAAGCCUUUCUCCGUUCGUUCGGUUGCUUGAUUAGUUUUGUAACAAAAUAAAAUGAAAAUGACGAAAACAGGGCUGUGCAAUAUGACCUCAGUAGCGGGAAUCCUACUUCUUGUUCUCAUAGAAAAAGCUUCUGGCCAAAUAACACAGACCCGUUCGAUAAGAACAUCAUCCUCAUCUUCACCCAAUCAAGAUGGUGACGUUUCAAAAACUAGUUCUACAUUCAUUACAAAUCAUGAAGAAUUUUUAGACGAACAUAAUCAACCACAUUCAAGAAAGAAACGUCUCGUCUGGAUAACAGAUGAUGGCCGUUUAGCUUUGCCACCUGGCACCUCACUGACGUUUACGCCCACAAUAGCCUUGCCACUGGUACGACAUCCACCAGAGGGAUUCUUUUCGAAUUUGACCAUCAGUUUUCCAGUUACAAUUGAUUUUGACAAGCUUGGAUUGACAGAUAAUCAAAAUCCACUUGGUGAUUUGCCUCCGAUUUUUGCGAGAUCAUUUGGACACUCAGCAGGAGAAGUAUUGGGUGGUUAUAUGGCAAGAUAUUUGAAUUACAAAAAGAAGCGUGAUUUAUCUUCACAAGAAACCCAAUUUUCAAACAACGAACCAGAGGACGAAGAAGAAUCUGAAGAAAUGCCAAAACUACCAGAAAGGUUUAAGCAUAUAUUUCACGGAGGAGAAAGAGUAAUGCUUUAUGGUGCCGUUGAAACUUUUCUAUCGACUUUUGGCAUGGAUGGGAAAGCUUGUCUUUUGAGAACUAUUUGUGAAGUUCACUCGAGAAGUUUGGAUCAUUUUGGAAUUUUCGGAGAGAUGACUAAAUUGUUUUUGACAGUAAAAAAAUCACCAUUUGCUAAUCUUAUUCCCGAAUAUGUGAAAGCCCAAGAAAUUGGCGAGGGUAAAGAAGUUCCUGGAGAAUGUUUUCCUUACUAUAAAGGAUGUCCAAAGAGCAUUUUUAAGGCUUUGAUCACUAAAAAAUAUAGUAACGAAGAACACUCUGAAUACCAUGAACAAGAAGCUGAAGAAAUAAACGAAAUCAAAGAAAACUCUCCAAGUAAUUUUCCCAAAAAGCGCCUUGUUUCGAUGUAGGAUCAAAAAAAGGGGGAAAUACAAAAUUAUUCAAUUUAUAACUUAUUAAAGUUAUGUUUGCGGCCAUAUUCAAAGAUGUGUUUUUUUAUCCUUAAAAACUAAAUAUUUAUUUUAUUUAUGAUAUAAUUUAUAAUAUUCAUUAUCUAUCGAUCGAAUUUAUUUGUUAUUUAUUUAUUUUUAUUUUCUGUUAUUUAUUUUUUUUUAUUUAUUUAUUAUUUAUUUAUUUCUUGUUUUUGUACAUUGAAAUACGAGUGGAAUAUGAAAGUCAUUUUUUUUAAUUUAAGAUAACAAAAAUGUUGUAAAUACAAUUAUAUAAU